AUGGCCACCACCGCCUCACCUGUGUUGCUCACCACGGAAGACACCAGUCUUGAGAACAGCAGCUCCUUCUAUGACUACGACUACUUUGACGACGUGACCUUUAUGCUCUGCCGGAAGGAUGAGGUGCUGUCCUUUGCCAAGGUCUUCUUGCCAGCCUUCUACGGCUUGAUCUUUGUGUUAGGCCUGGGCGGGAACCUCCUCCUCCUGGUGGUCUUGCUCCGGUAUGUGCCUCGAAGACGGACGAGUGCGGUCUACCUGAUGAACUUGGCCAUCUCCAACCUCCUGUUUGUGAUGACUCUGCCCUUCUGGGCCAUCACUGUGGCCUGGCAUUGGGUCUUUGGCAAUUUCUUGUGCAAGAUGGUCAGCACGCUUUACACCAUUAACUUCUACAGUGGCAUUCUCUUCCUUGGCUGCAUGAGCCUGGAUAAGUACCUGGAGAUUGUUCACGCCUGGCCCUCCCAGAGGCUAAGGACAUGGGACAGGAGCCUGACCCUUUCUGCUGUGGUAUGGGGAGUGGCCCUGGUCAUCUCCAUCCCUACCAUAGUGUUUGUUAAGACCCACAAAACCCACGAGGGUAUUUGGAGCUGCCACGCAGAUUUUGGUGGGCAUGGCACAGUCUGGAAGCUCUUCUUACGGUUCCAGCAGAACCUACUGGGAUUUCUCCUUCCACUCUUGGCGAUGAUUUUCUUCUACUCCCGCAUUGGCUGUGUCAUGGCCAAGCUGAGGCCGCCAGGCCAGAGCCGGGCUCUAAGGAUGGCCGUGGCCCUGGUGCUGACCUUCUUUGUGCUGUGGUUCCCAUACAACCUGACCUUGUUUCUGCACUCGAUGCUGGAUCUGCAACUCUUUGGGGACUGUCAAGUCAGCCACCACCUGGACUAUGCCCUGCAGGUGACAGAGUGCAUCGCCUUCCUGCACUGCUGCUGCACCCCCAUCCUCUAUGCCUUCUCCAGCCGCUGCUUUCGCCAGUACCUGAAGACUCUCCUGGCGACCAGGCUUAUGGGGCAGCUGACGCCUGGUACUGCUCAGCCCUCACUGUCUGGCUGUUCUGAGAGCAGCAGGCUGACAGUCCAGGAAGAAAUGACUGGCAUGAAUGAGUUGGGGAAGAGGCAGGCUGAGGUCCCCAACAAGGCAGAUGUGGGAAAAGGGUCAGCUUGA